GGCAUAUUCAAAAGACAACCAUUCUAGAGGAACACAUAUCCGUUGUCAGGAAAAAAAAAAAUAAGGAAGAGGAGAAUUGGUCGGCGGUUAUGAAAGCGGAGAGAAUGGGUCGUAAUGUUAUCGCGUCAACUGACAUUGCGAUGUUGAGACUGACAUGGUUUACACUGAGCGAGAGGGAACUUGUCGACAAAGUCUCAUCAAUAUCUGCAGAAGGUGUUCAAUUCUUGGUCCAACUGCCACACCGAGAUCAAUUUGCACAAGCUCUGCGUAUAUACAUAACAGAGCAGGGUAUCGACGAAGUUCACGAUAACGAAUUUAUACGUCCGAGACCUCAUGCAGCACUUCCAGCCUCGCACAACGGAUAUCUCGAAGGGGCGGAUGUGCGAUCUAUAAGAGCAACAAACAAGUUUCAUGGUCGCGAGGUCUCACAUUCGUUCGCCGCAUCAGGUCAUGGGCAGGGGGGUGUAUUGGAUGAUGCACGUCGUGCCUCUGUCGGGGACACACAUGACCGUAAUUCCGCCCGUCGCUCUCUCGUCUCCCGGUUCGAUGAGGAUGACAUUGUGUGUGGUAGCGGAAAUGGACCCGGCCGUUGCGAUCCUGGCGCUCAAAAUCUUGGUGCGAGUCGUUCUGAACACUCGGGCGGGUCUUUGGGGCAAUUCGGUUCGCAGUCAACUGGUUCCGCGAAGUACUCUCGUUUGUUCUUGACUACCGCUUGCAAGGAGAGACUGCGCCUUUUACAAUCUGCGAUGAAAGAAGUGAGCGACAAGUCUGGGGUCAUGAGCGAUGUCGUCGACCGACUGUUGCAUUGGUCAUUAUCAGCCAUCCGGUCAGAGUUUGGGGACGGUGUGGCGUCGAGGAUCGAGAAAACUUUACCAGCCGACAGUCGUGCAGAUGUGUUUCGUCUCGGAGCAGGAGGGGAUGAUUCGACAGCGGACGCUGAGGAUGAUGGCGAGCGUGAGGGUGAAGGGAGCGGUGGAGGCAAUGGCGGGUCAUUUUGUGGGACGGAUGAUUCAGUGCCGCGUUCAGGGCACGGGUCACAGCGUGGCCGCAAAUCAUGCGGGCGGCCACCAAGCCAUGGCAGGUCGCGUUCGCAUUUCGAACAUGUACGUCCUUUGUGCUGGGACGAUUCGAGGGAUGGUGCUUUGCAAAGCGGACCUCGCAAUAAUCGACUUCAGCAGCAGUUGUUCCAUGCGACCGUCACUGCGGGUAUGACAUAUACCAUCCUCAAUGACUUCUGCAUCGCGUUUGGGGUGGCACCUGUGCACAAGCCCACUCUUUACAGUUGCAUGCGAGGUGAGCCGAAUGUUCGUGAGGGUUGGAAUGCAAAGGUUGUCAGGCAGAGCGUGCGGUAUUGCGACUUGACCAUUGACACGGUUAUGCGAUCAGGGAGACCCGUCACUUUGAUGGUUGACGGUCGCUACGACUCAGCCAGGUCUGCGCAGCAUUGCACUGUUACCACGAUUGAGUGUGAUACUCGUCUUGUGUUCACGAAGGAGCUGUUGGAUGCCUUGACGGAACGUUAUGGACUAGGGUCUUUGACGGCAAAAGAAGAACGAUUGAAGAAGAGCAACUUCGUUGCUCUUGUGAUGAGCAAAAUGUACCCCUUUGCAGAGAUGAGGGCGGCGACUUUGUCACUCAGCACAAUGAUGAUCGCCGACCAUUGGGCCGGGGACCACUCCAGGUGCGUUGCGGAAAGAGAGCUUUUAUGCUCAAAGGCGGGUGACCCAUCUCGACUGCCUCUGUACACGCACGACGACCCCGUGUAUGACAUCAUUCGCCAGACGUUGGGCAGACAUUCCAGCACGACAGUUUGUUCGUACUACACGGAGUUCCGUCACACAUCGACGGUUGAGACCUUCCAGGGCACAAUCAUCAUUUACGCGAAGAAGGCCUUGCACUUCGAGAAAUCGUAUGAGCCGCGUUUGGCGAUUGCAGUCAUUCGAUGGAACAAUCAUGCAUGGCAGGAUCCCUUGGAGUAUCGUGUCCGCAGGCCUUCUGGGACUUCGAUUCGUCAAAGGCCGAGCCACUACUGUCACAAUCGGCCACCUACCGAUUCGUGGAUGGAUCGACUGUCCACGUUCAUCUUCGGUUCAAAAUGUGUUUCAGAUAGGGCUCGACGCCUUUUCGAGUACGACGACUGUGAUGUGUCAGGCGAGGUCGGGUCCUCGACACCUCCUCUGCCUCGCGAUUUUUUUUGCAGAGGCGAGGAUACCAUUGCUCGUGACGAGGACGACGUUGCUUCAGGUGCGGAACCCGACGUUGUGGGGGAUGACGAUGUUUUCAUCAUUGGCGACGGGGAUCUAUUGCCUGGACCGGCGGAUGCCGUGUUCGAUCGAUCAUGCGAUUCUCUAUCGGACGCAGAUGAUGUCGAGUUGUUCGACGACUUACAUUAUGUUAUGUCGUAGUAUCUUGUACAUGCGACUUUUAUGUUUGUUGGCUUUUUAGUUUGACGUGUUCAUUGUAUAUAUAUAUAUAUAUAUAUAUAUAUAUAUAUAUAUAUAUAUAUAUAUAUUUAUNUUUUUUUUUUUUUUUCAGUCUGACUGCGAAGACUGAUGGCGAGGCUGUAUACUACCCCGUAGUGUUAGAUUUGUAGUUUCGUUUGACUUGGCCGUAACCGUGAGACCAAUCUGUGAGGAAAAUUCGUGAGGGCCACAUCUGUAAUAUGGGAAACAUAGGCCCAACAUUAUUUUGAAUUUCCUAUACGUACAUUUACUGCGAAUUGCAGGCCCGGACUACCCCCAGGACAGACAGGCCCUAAUGGCCAGAGCUGAUGGACGGUCCUAUAGCCUAUAGUCGGGUUCGGUAGAGGCCGAGAGGACGAAACUGCAACGGUAUUGGUCGGUUAGUCAUUCCGGUCUACGUGUAGGUUAGAGUAUUGUACUCUAUUAGUAGAAUGAGGGAAAUCGAUUGGGGACGAAGCGACUGUAACAAACUGUAUUAUGAUAU